GGCGAUAUUGCCGACGCGGUCGUUUCGGAACACCGACCGUAUAUAUCAACGGACUGUCCUUCCUUCUUGUUCUCGAUGAGGUUCAAGCUCGUUAUAACGUUUUGCAAAUCUGCUGCAGGGAGAGGUCGCUUGCACGCGCGCGAAAUCAUUCAAAUAAAUGUUUUUAUUUUUCCUGAAACGCGGGAAAUAAUGUACGUUUGUUGCUCUUCUCGCGACUCUGUGUAUUGUUUAUAACAAUGCCCAGACACGCGUGUUUCGGCGGAUUACUUUUUAUUACAAGAAAGAACUGAUGCGUUUUGUAUUGCAUUGUUAAUUAGCGACGAAAAUCUGCGGAUCUUUAUUUGCACAUGCAGCUGUCGAUAAACGUGCGUUUAUAAAAGAGUACCGCUGCAACGACUUUAAUCGACUUCGGGUAACUCUGGGUAACUUUUUUGCCUGACUAUGUGUAUUAUAAAGACUAAUGGAAUAACAAGUUUUGCGUAAAAAGAAUCGAAAAUUUAAAAUAAAAUUAUGCGUAUCUCUGCAGUUUUACUAAUAAAAUAUUUAUAAAUGAAAGAAAGAAGUUUUACUUCCCCUCUGCUCCAUGCGGUUCGUAUAACUGCAUGCGGAUUGGUCCCACUCGCGACUAGCAGGUGCAUUUGUCCCAGAAGGGAAACAAUUACGGCAAAUUACUAUGGAAACCCACGUGUAAAACUUUAAACCAGGACACAAACUCUAGCGGUAGUCUUAGUUACCCAUGCGGCGACGACGCGUCUGCGAAUAGGAAAUUCUAGAUUUAUUCAUUAUUCACAUAGCAAUAGUUCAUACAAUUCAUAGCACAAUAAUUGCCAUCGCAGCUGCGUGUGUGAUAAUGAGUGGAAUUGUUCGCGAGGGAGAUAAGAAAGAAAGGCGAGUCCCGUUGUGUGGGAAAGUGCAUAGCGCUGAGAAUAUGAAGUGCAGGAAGUCCCUGCUGAAGCUGAAGCAGCAAGAGUACUUGAUGGAGAAGAAUCUUGUUAACUCGAUGGAGAACGUGAAACUGGAAGCAGAAGUUCUACGACCCGUUUUGCAUAACAUGAGUGACGUGGCGAAAAACAGGCAGAUUGUUCUGGAUAGCACGAAGACAUUUUUGAAGGAAAUCAUUGAAGAGGUCCGCUCGGUGAAAUCCGUCAUGGAUUGUCCCGAAAAUAUCCGGAACUUGGACACGAACGCGUACAAGCAGCGGCUGAUGAGAUUGUCGCAAAAAAUUCGGGACUUCAAGGAGUCCUGCCAGCUGCAGACUUUGUCGCAGGAGCAAACAGCGCUCGAAUCUGAUUUACGCGAAUUUGAAUCGAAUCUGCAUAAGUAUGAGAGUGCAACCGGUAGCGUCGGCAAACCGACGUCCGCCGCGUCUUCCAGCAUGGAAAAUAAAAGGCGCCAUGAUUACAAGGAGAUCCAGGACUUCCAUGCGUUAAUUGCUAAAACAGGCCACACUAAUAACUGGAGCGACGAGGAUCACCUGCUGUUCCUGAAGAUGCGAACGAAAUGCGACAACAUCCCUGCUCUCGUGGCUGCUGUUCAAACCAAGUGUCUGGAUCUAACAGCGGAGACCAUAGUGAACCACGAGGCUUGGUACAAGGUUUACCUGGAUCUGCGUGAGAAGCAGCGAUCGACUAUCAGAGAAUGGCGCAAGCAGAAAGAAACGGAAAAGAUCAAGAAGGCUCGCGAGGGGGAAAUGAUGAUCGACAUUUUGGAAGGAGCUUCUCCACGGGAAAAAGUGAACUCUAAUAUCGCAGAAAAAGUUUCUCGCGUAACGGACAACCGUAAGAAAGAUAUAAAAAAGACUGAGGAUACCAUUGACGAUUCUGCGAAUCGGAAGAAAGAAUUAAUAAGACGGUGGAGAAUGGAGAAAGAGAAUAAACGAUGGAUGGACGAGGAGCAAGCGAGGAUUUUGUCGGAAUCAAAACUUGCCGCAGAGGAAAAACGCAAGACAGAAAGAUUUAAGAGAAUUCAAGAAGCUUUGGUGGAAUAUCGAGAAAAAAAAUUGGUGGAAAGCUCUUCCAAAAUUUCGGAGAACGUCUCGAGACCAAAAUACAAUCCGAUGUUGAUGACAGCCUUCAGGAAGCAAGACGAAGAAUACACAAACAAAAGGAAAAAUUUAAUAGAAAGAUUGCGGAAGCCGGCUAGAAAUCGAACAACAAAAAUGGUAAAAUCGCAAGUAGCAAGGAGAGAUUACUCGACUUUGAUGAAUUCGACCAAGGUAUGGACAGAGAGAUGCAAAAGGCAAGAUCGCAACGCAAAGGAGCCAAAAAAGCUGCAAUACAUUAAGGACGUUCCUCGUUUAUACGUUCAGUGGAGAAACCAAGAAUCGACGGAGAUCAGAGAUGUCUUGGCCUUCUUUUAAAUCGAUAUUCAUCCUUCAGACAAUUUCCUAAAAUGACAAAGUGGGAAACAUAAAAAUACGAUGCAUUGAUAUAUGCUUAUAUUUAUUUUUCUUUACGAACGUACCUUUUUGUUUCUUUCAGACGAUGUACAUAAUAAGUUAUGAGUAAGUGAGUGUUGAAUUUAUCCGGGACAGCCUCCCGCCUCGCACUUACUCGGCUUUAUAAUUAUAUUAUAUAAAUCGUCUUAUCUUUCGGUACUUUUAUUUAUUCUCGGGAAGAAAGAAAGACGAAAAUGUACAAGAGAGAAAAGGACAAAACUUAUCGGCGGUAAUUAGCGGCGUUGUCUCGGAUAAUUUCAACCCCCCUCUGCGGUAUUACUCAAAUAUAUAUAUGUAUAUAUGUGUAUAUAUAUGUGUAUGCAUACAUAUAUAUAUAUAUAUACACACAAAUGCACAUAUAUAUUUAUAAUAUACUUUCUAUAUUAAUUUUUCUGUUUGUAAUUCUCGAUAUUCUUUCGUUUGGAUUACCAAAUACAAAAACAUAGGUGAUGCAAUAUAUAUAAUGCUAUAGUACAAGUGUGUCUCGUAUAGCGCCGAGUAUGAUAGCCGGUCGACCUGCCAGGGUCACUGCACUCUCAACUUUCUUCUUAUUAAUUAUUACUAUUACUAAUUAUAUACUAUAUUUGUUUACACAUCGUAAUCUUACACGGCGCCAUACACACUUAGACACUUCUCAUCCUUUGUGGGAGUACUUACGCACAAAGUUCUUAUUAACUCUUUUUCUUCGUAUUUCUGUCUCUCUUUUAAUUAAUUUUAUAUAUAUAUUUAUAUUUAUAUUCAUAUAUAUAUAUAUAUAUACGUAGAAAUAUAAUUACUUUUAGAAUUUAUAAUGCAUAUCGCCUAGAGAUUUAUUACACAACGAGCGCGAUAAAUCGUGUUUCACGCACACUUUCUUUCACUCACACUCUUCGUCUCGAAAGACGUCACUCGGUGCAGCCGCUAGUUCUUUAUUACUAACUUAUUCGAAAACCAGACGAUAAGUAUGUACAUGUGAACAUUUGUACAGCAGAGUCUCCCGCACUUUUCAUGUAGCGCAGUACCAACAUUUGUUUGCUUAGUCAACGAUAAAGUCCACGUGUAACUGCCGAUUUUACAAUUUUAUAUAAUACGAUAAUACACGUUGUUCUCUUAAUAUUCUUGUCUCAAUUAAUGAAAACACCCGUCCCCCGAGUGAGCGGUUCUUCUCAAUACAUUCAGCUUACACAACGAUGCGUUUCUCCUUAAAUAAAAAUUUCAAUAUCGAAAUAAUAAUUGCAAUAUUGACGUUACGACUAGAAAAUUAUUUCCAUCGAACAGAUUCGCGUGACAUUCUUUUGAAGAGACGCCUUGCGAGAGAAUUUUUGAGCAGAAUAUAUUCGCGAAUUACGUAUAGUGAUAAAAUAAAGAUAGACUUCUUGCAGGCAAACAAAGUGCCUAAGUUAAUCAGAUUGCAUUCACGCAAAAUCAUGUAAAAAAAAGCUCUCGGCGCAGUAGAGAAACUUUUCUGAGAGGGUUUGGAGAACGCAUGAGUUAUUGAUAAAUUUUAUUAGAAUCUUUACAUUCGUGAAUUAUUUACAGAUAUAAUUGCAUAUGUAUAAUCGCAGCUAUCGUUACGUUUUAGUUUAGUCUUAGGAAAAAGGGACUUUCUCGAAAUUCUCGUAACAAUAAUAUUACAAAAGAGGCUGACGUCGGAGACAACUUUCUUGCUACCAAAGGCUGUACGAGACCGUACAGCUUUCGCUUUUAAAUAUUUUUAACUUUGUUUAUAUCCUUUUAUUUCAAUUCUCUCUAGAAAGAAUUUCAAUUUUUAUCAUUUACAUAAACGUAAAAACACAGAAAAACGUAAAACUAAUCGCUGAUGCUCUUUAAUUAAUAAUGUGCGCAAUUCAGAAAUCGUCUAAUGAUUAUUAUAAAGUGAAAUAUAUUUGUCAUUUUCUUUUCUCCCAUGAAUAAAUUUCAAUUUUGUUCGAGAUGCAGAUUUGAUCAAAUCACUAGUUUCAGAAAUAUUUCUUCAAGUUUUUCAAAAGUAUUUCCGAACACAUUAAAUACAUACACGAAUACAUUGAAUAGAUUUAUAUAAAAUUAUAAUGAUAUAAUAUGGAAUUUAAAAAUACUAAAAGUAUCGAAUAAUAAUACCCCCUCGUAAGGAACACGCUUCGCGUGUUGAUUAUAUUUAUCGGCUAUAAUCAAUGAGAAUUUAAUUAACAAAUUAUUUUUGCUUAUUUUAGUGAACUUUUCCCGGAAAAGAGAAAACUGUACGUCGAGAAACAGUCCUCGCUUAAAUUCUAGCAUUGCACACUUCCGGGGACGGUACAAAUUCGAAAGUGAGAUCUCACGGGUCGCAUCGUGUAACUAUAUCGCGUUUAAACAAAGCAGUUGCAAAGUUACACCGUGCACGUAUCAUUGAUCACAUUACGUGUUUUGCAAUUGCAAGAAGAAAGUUUUUCUCCGCGAUCAAGCCUCUCGCGCCAAAGUAUAGAAAGCUGAUUGAUAAAUAAUAAUAAAAAUAGCAAUGGGGGAGGGGAAAAUCAAUUUAUAAAAUUAUUUUAUUAUGGUACAUCGAAAAAUUAAUAGAAUGCUACUAAUGAGAGGUACUCCGAAGACUUCAAAGUUGAUACAAACUUCCGCGUUUUAUUGUCCACCAAAAGUUUCCCCAGAUAAGCAACGCUCGGAAAUUGCAAUUUUGCGAUACAGGAAAUUAACGUACGACGAAAGUCGCGAAUAAUUAGAAGCAACGAGAGAAACGCGCGCACGAAAUCAAACUGUGUUGACUCUUUGCGAUCGAGAGGAUUUUACAUGACGAUUUUGUGCGAGAUUCGCGCACGUCGCUUGCGAUAACGCACGACGCGAUCACUAAACGCUAACGCUAUUCGCAUUUUGCCUUUUCUCGGAUCCGAUAGUAGUCGCUCGUAAAAAUCUGGUGUGCUAUCUUGCAGUCUUCUGUAUCGAGUUUUCACGGUAUCUCGAAUUCGUCUUAGAACGAGACUGAUGAUUUUCUCUUUCGACGGGAUCAUCGAUAACACUUAUUAACAACUGAAUUUCACUAAUCUAAACGUCAGAAACGCGCAAGUGGCCAGAACUCGUUGCACAACGCAAUCCCACAAACGUUUCUCUCGCAAAAAUAAUACGGUUGUCCGUAAAAAAAAUAAAUCGAGAGUUUUUCUCACUUAUCAUUUACGUAGAAAAUAAUUCAUUUUACUUAUGCCAAAGUUUUCUGGAAACUUUUACUCAGAAAAAAAUAUAUGUGUGUAUAUACAUAUACAUACUCCGGGAUUAAAUUUCCACGUGUGCUUCGGCGCGUAUACUUAAAACUAGACGAAUGAAUUCUCUCUCGCUCUCGUGCAAGUUUUUACUGCCAGAUUUAUUGACGUGAUAUAGAUGGAUAUACAUCUUCGAAAAAAGCGCGAGUUUAAUAGUAAACCAAGGGUGUUAAGAGAAAACGUACCUUCUAAACUUUGUGUUCAAUUAAUAAACUUAUCGAAGCCGCGCAGUGCGAAGAUUUGCGCAUAAUUUUUUGUGAUCGAAUAUAAAUGAAUAUAAUUGCCGUGUCAAAUGAUCAUACAAACGCAACCAACAAUAUUUUCUCUACGAGAAAUCACAGGAGAAGCUCGCGAAUUGCGUCCAACGAAAA